UCUAACUAAUAACAAUAACACCCUGAAUAUCGAACGACACAUAUUGCCAAAAGUCGCAUUUUUAUCUCAGACAAAAUUCGAACUUCUGUCAUUAUUAAAUGUCUAUUAAUCUUUGUCAAACGAUAUGAUGAUGAUGAAAAAAGGUCUCAAAAUAGGCAACAAUUAUGAAGAAGACAAUUUCGUUAGGCGAGAGAAGCGACGUAGACUUGAAAUUUCGGUAGAUGUAGCAAAAAUGAGAUCAAAUUUGCCAAGUUACGACUUAAACGACAUUCGGAAGCACCGACUGCCUUACCAUGAAGCAUUAAUUUUGGAACUGCAGCAGAACAAUUACGUGCUGACGGAAAUGUACUUAAAACAACUUUUCGGUCUACAAGAAGUUUCGCGGAAGGAAGCGGGCCCUCAAAGCCUUGCUUGGACCUUCCCUGUUUUACGCGACAGCGUUGCCGAACUUGUGAAACUUAUUGAUGGGCUUAAGAAAUCCGAAGAACAUCACCGUCGAGGAAACUUUCUGGAAGAGACGGAUACCUUACUACAAGUGGCCGUAGGCUUUGCGUUUGAUGGAGACGAGUGGUGGUGGAUUGCCGAGCAGUUAUUUCUGCAAUGUAUUUCAAACUGCACGCAUUACGGGAAUUUGAUGAAGCUCGAAGCUAUGUCAAGAUAUGCUUACUCCAAAAUGUUGAUAGAAAAAGCGCGAGAUUACGAAAAUGCAGAAGAGCAAUUGGAGAGAACGUGUGAAAUUUCAUCUGGAAAAACUUGGAAUGCUUCGAAAAUUUUUCGGGACAUAAAUGAACCAAUAUUUAUGAGCUGCAAUUAUUUGUUACACAUAUGUUUAAUAAAGCAAGCCCAUCAGUGGUCGAAAACCCAUGCAAGGCAAGCCAUUGAGUUCGCCAGUUUGGCAAGGAAAAGAGCCAAUGAAGCCUGUUACUACGACGGCGAAACCGACGCUCUUUUGCUGAAAGGACAAUGCGAAUUGGAUAUUUUGGACACGAAAUCGGCAAUUUCUUCUUUCAAGAAAGCGUACCACAUUCAAUCAAGGUUAGGAUCGCAGAAAGGCAUGUGUCAAGUAAGAGUGGAAUUGUCCAAGGCGUAUCUAAUGAGUGACAACAUAAAACUGGCAUUAGAAAAUUUAUCAGUUCUGAAGGAAGUUGCAGAAAAACAUAACCUAAAGUUGUAUCUGGCCCAAGCUUAUAGACAUUUAGGAGAGUUUUACCUAAAAAAUGGCGAUCCGCGUGAAGCAACGCCUUUACUAAUGGAUUCGUUACAAAUUUUCCAUGAGUCGGGGGAUAUGGCAACAGCGGAUGAGAUCAGGAUUUUCGUUGCUUUAUCUGCAGGUUUAAAUUUGAUGCCCGCAUAUGUGAAUCUGGUGAUUAGAAGCGGCAGAUGUUUCUCGCACUCUGCCAAAUUGAUUGAUUGGAAAGAUUCCAGAAAACCAUUCUGGGAUGUUAAACUAUCCGACCCGCUAUUGAAUGGGUCAAUCUUCCAGCAGAAAAAAUCUUCUGUUGAAUAUGUUUCUCAUACAGAGCUAAUUGGCGAGAAAGAAAACGAGGAACCACAAAAUGAAUCAUUGAUCGGAACCACGCAAUAUUUGUAUGCCCCAUGAUACUUCAAUAUUUUCACAUUAAAAUAAAAU